UUCUCGAGAGCUAGAUUUGCCACCCCAACCAUUAGAUUUCACACCCCUAAUUUUCGGAUUUUCAAGUUCCGAAUUAUUUCGGAAUCUUAGAUUCCGAAAUUAAUUCGUGAUUUUUAGUUCAAAAUACAUCUAACACCACACUUUUGAGUAAAAAACCACACUUUUGAGUAAAAAAGUGCUUCGGAAACCUUAUUUCCGAAAUAUUUCGGAAACUGAGUUUCCGUAAGUGGGGUGACAUUUCUAAUGGUUGGGGUGCCAAAUCUAAUGAUCGAUUUUCUCGUGUCCCAAACAAACAGCUACACAUCCAAAUUCCCCUUUACAAUUCUCCAGUGAAGAACGCCUUGGAUGUGACUCAUUCUCCAUUUCAUCCUUCAAAAUGCUUCCACGAUUCAAUCAAUUUCUAUUUUUCAAUUUUGGAUUUAAUCCCAGAAAUCAAACAAAAUUGUAGUUUUUUUAUUAUUUGUAAAUUUGUUGAAAAUGUUCCACAAGAUCAUAAAGCGCGCGCACAAGAAAUCAUGGAAAUCACCAUUCCCUGAAAUCCCCACCAACGGCCACCAAUUCUACGAAGUCGUUGUCAAGCACGCUUCACGCGCCUCCGCCACCGGCAACACCGAGCCGGAAAACCAUCCUCCGCCGCCGCAGGCGGCCUCCGAGCCUCCAUCCAUCAUCGAACCUCUCCCGCCGCUGCGAGAAACCCCCGCCACCCAACGCCCCGCCCUCCUCCUCCGCAAAAUCCAGCUCUGCCGCUCCAUCUGCGACUUCUCACACGCCCUCAAAUCCCUCGCCGAGAAGGAAAUCAAACGCCAAACACUCAACGAGCUCAUCGACACGCUCCAAUCUGACUCCGCCGCCGCAUCGUUCGCCGAAUCGCAAGAAGAUCUUAUCUCCAUGGUCUCCGUCAACAUCUUCCGCUGCCUUCCUCCGUCGGCGCGCGGCAGCUCCGACACCGCAGAUCCCGAAGACGAAGGCGAUACCUAUCUAGAUCCAUCAUGGCCACACCUGCAGCUUGUCUACGAGAUCCUCUACCGCUACGUUGUUUCACCGGAAUUCGAUAUCAGAACCGCGAAACGCUACGUCGAUCAUGUGUUUGUUCUGAAACUGCUUGAUCUGUUCGAUUCGGAGGAUCAGCGUGAGCGUGAGUAUUUGAAGAGCAUUCUCCAUCGUAUCUAUGGAAAAUUCAUGGUGCAUAGGCCAUUCAUAAGGAAAGCCAUCAAUGACAUAUUCUACAGGUUCAUAUUUGAGACGCAGAGGCAUAAUGGGAUCAGCGAGUUGCUGGAGAUUCUGGCGAGUAUCAUCAAUGGUUUUGCUCUGCCUAUGAAGGAGGAGCACAAGUUGUUCUUGAUUAGGACCCUUGUGCCGCUGCAUAAGCCGAAGUGCAUUUCGUCUUACCAUCAGAAUUUGUCUUAUUGCAUUGUGCAGUUUGUUGAGAAGGAUGGGAGGUUGGCUGAUCCUGUGAUCAAGGGGCUGUUGAAGUAUUGGCCCGUCACGAAUUGCCAGAAGGAGGUGCUUUUUCUUGGGGAGUUGGAAGAGGUUCUGGAGGCAACUCAGCCUCCUGAGUUUGUGAAGUGCAUGGUCUCUCUUUUCCGGCAGAUUGGUCGGUGCCUUAAUAGCCCUCACUUUCAGGUUGCUGAACGAGCACUUUACUUGUGGAACAAUGAACACAUUAUAAGUUUAGUAGCUCAAAAUCGAAAUAUUAUAUUGCCAAUAAUAUUUGAAGCUUUGGAGAAGAACUUGAAAAGUCAUUGGAACCGAGCAGUGUAUGGUCUAACAAACAAUGUGAGGAAGAUGUUUCAGGAGAUGGAUCCUGAACUAUUUGAAGAGUGUGAAAGUAAGUACUUGGAGAAGGAAUCCAGUGCUAGAGAACUGGAAGAGAAGAGGGAGUUAACAUGGAAGAAAUUGGAAGAGGUGGCUGCACAAGCCAUGAGGGAUGGUGUAGUUUUGGUUAACUAAUGAAUUAGGAUUCUAACUCUUCUUUUCAGUUUGGCUGUUGUGCAGAAAUUUCUUCCUAUAUUGGCGUUACAAUACAUCACUGCUGCAUUACUGUUAGUGUAAUUUGGAAAGGGAGAUAUUAUAAUUUUAUUUCACAUACGAGGCGUGAUUAACAAGAUGUACAAAUUAACAGGCUACUGGAAAAGGGAUGCAAAAAAAUGUAUCUAUAUCCCUCGUUUUUUGGUUCAUUCUUUUUAUCCUGUAUUUUUUGUUAAUUGUAAAUACAACCUUCUAUUUUCCUUCAAUUAAGUUGUCAUUUAAUUUUA